AAGAAGAAGAAGAAGAAGAAGAAGAAGAAGAAGAAGAAGAAGAAGUGGAGGCGGAAGCUGCGUCACUGGUUCUGGACGCAGAGCUGCCAGCUGGACUUUUUAUUGACUGGACCGACAGAAGCAGCGUGAGGCGUCAGUUCGUGUCCCCGGUGCUGCUGCAGCCGCGGAGGGGCCGCUCGGUGAUGAAGAACCGGAGGGUCUGAACCCGGAAGAAGAAGAAGAAGAAGAAGAAGAAGGAGGAGAAGACGACGACGAAGAAGAAUCAGUUAGCUCAAUGAUGGAUGCAGAGAGCGGCGAGCUGUUUCUGGGCGGCAGCAUGGCGGCGGACAGCUGGCAGCUCGAAGCCCCGCUCUCCUGCUCCGACCUCGUCUUCUGCGGCUCAGAGAAACCCGUGCAGGACUGGCCGCUCGACGCCGGCUGUACGCUGAACGACAGCGAACCUGAGGAUGUCCUCCACGCCGUCGACCCGAACGAGGUGUUUCCCAACGGGCCGCUUGCCGACCCGUCGUCUGAGAGUGACAGCGGCAUCUCUGAGGAUCCUGUGGUGGAGAGUCCCGUCACCAUGGUGACAGCCGUGACCACGGCGACCACCCCGCCGACCAUCUACCAGGUGGUUUAUGACAUCAGUGGCCUGAGCGGUGUGAAGACCGAACCAGGACAAGAGAACGUGAUCUCCAUAGAGCUCAAUGACUGGAGCUCCCAGGUGUUGUUUUCAGACUCGUGCGUCGUCAACGAGCUGCCCGUGCUUCCUGCCGCUCGCCUCGACUGCAGCUCUAGCUUCGCCGACCCCCCGAGUCCCGACGAUGAUCCGCUGUACUCAGACCUCCAGCUGACGGAGGAGGAGCAGAAGCUGCUGAGUCAGGAAGGAGUUUCUCUGCCCAACAAUCUUCCUCUCACCAAGGCUGAAGAAAGAAUCCUGAAGAGAGUUCGGAGAAAAAUCCGCAACAAGCAGUCGGCUCAGGACAGCCGGCGGAGGAGGAAGGAGUACAUCGACGGGCUGGAGAGCAGGGCAGCAGCCUGUUCAGCUCAGAACAAGGAGCUGCAGAGGACGGUGGAGCAGCUGGAGAAACGCAACAUGUCUCUGCUGGCUCAGCUGCGACAGCUUCAGUCUCUGAUCAAGCAGACCGUCAGUAAAGGAGCCCAGACCAGCACCUGCUUACUGAUCAUCCUGGUCUCUCUGGGUCUGAUCAUCAUGCCGAGUUUCAGCCCGUUCAGCCGCCGCUCGUCUGCAGACGACGACGACUACAGACCAACAGGAGUUAUUUCCAGAAACAUCCUGACAGACCCCUCCUCCUCCCGGCCUACAGAAGAUGAAGGGAACAGUCCGCCGGUCCAGUCCGACUCCUCACCGCCGUCUGAACUCACUAAAUCUGAACUCAGCCAAUCAGGACCUGCUGAUGGCACUGACAUCCUCCAGGAACCAAUUGAAACCCCUGAAAAUACAGGCUUUGAUGGGACGGUCCCCGAGGGGAGCCAAUCAGGGAACAGCUCAGCUGUUGUUGCCGGGCAGAGUGAGCAGCUGGCGAUGGGUCUGAGGUCGGUGACGGGGACAGGAAGCCCCGAUCCCGCUAAACCCGCCCACGCUGACGAGAUGUAGUCAGUCCUCGACAGUUUCCUCGGUUGUGUCGGGACGCAUGAUUGGUUGCAGAGUUCGUCUCGGUGCUGAGCUGCAGAUGUGACCGGCAGUGGACGCUCUGAUUGAUCGCUGCUGAUCAGAAUCUGCUCCUGUUUGACAUGAAUUAAUUGAUCGGUGGUGGUUUUAAAGACACGGUCGGUCAUGAUUUUAUUUUAAAGGAAUAUUUUGACAUUUUGGGAUGUAUGCUAAUUCUUUUUCGUUAGAGUUAUAUGAGAAAUUUAAAAGCAUUCUUACAUCUGUACGAUAGAUAGCUCAGUGCUAAGCUGUGCUAACUGUCUCUAGUCUGCCAUAUACAAACAUCAGUGUGAAAACUACCUUUACAUCUUAAGACUAAUGAAAAUGGACACGUCUGUUUGAAACAAUAAAACCGUCACUGUCCACAUACUACAAGAAGGACAUCACGUUGGCGUCAGAGUCAAGCAGUGAAACCACUAGAUGGCGCCGCUCAGAGUCAGAACAGUCCACAGGGCCGUCCACUUCUCCCUCGCUACUGUCCAUCCCCUGACAUCAUACAGAUGUUUCAGACUUGUUUAACCUGUUGAAUUGACACAAUCUGAGCAUGUUGACAGUUUCAGGCAGACGUGACGCUCCUCUUCUGAAACACUGCCGGUGGGAUAUGAAACUACGUAGAAGACGGAACAAAACCACAUCACACACGAGGUCACAGAGACGUGACGCACGGAAUCAAGACGUUAGAAAGAAAAGUGUCUUUUCUCAAAAUGUUGAACUAUUCUUUCCAAAAGCCCAUCAGUGUUUAAACUUAGACUCACAGAGAAACAAGAAGCUGUUAUUUUCCAAUUUGUGUCUCGUGUUAGCUUUACUCCGGGUCUGAGCUGCUGACGCCUCACAAAGCUUUUAUAACAGAUUCAAGUUAACUUCAGCUCAGAAACUCCCCUGGAUCAUCUCUAACUGAUCACAUGGACCAGUCUUCAUCACACAGGACGAGAGUCUACCUCCACAUCGGCUCCACUGAUAGCACGCUACGAGCUAACAAAGCUGUCAGAGCUCUCUAAAAAAAAAGGCUUUUUUUUUUUUUUUUUUUUUACACAUCUUAUUUAAACUGUCUGCUGUGAGGACAGUAGAUCCAGUUAGUGUAACUGACCCUUCAGAAGUUCGAUCCUGUAGAACAGAGAAUCUGAUCACCUGAGAUGGAUCCAUAAUUUGGGAUACUGUAGAAUUUGUUAGUUUUCUCGUCUGCUCUGAUUUAAGUUAACCAGAAAACAGUCAUGAAGUCCUUCCAGCUUAUUUCCACACUGAUCCGUUAAUUGACUUGUUUCAGAUGUUGUUGUUGAGCCCAGUUCACGUUGUGCCAUCACACCUGGUUACCUGCUGACCUCUGACCUCUCAGCCUAUGAGGCCUUUUCAUCCCUUAUAGUUAAAGGAACAGUUCAUCUAGAAAUAUAAACCCAGUCAUCAUCUCCUCCUGACAUGAUAUAUAAUGAUAUGAAGUCAGGUGAAGUGUUGCAGCAUUCUGCUAAACACCUCAAGUAGCUGGAGACACUUUUUUUUUUCCUUCCGAUCGACUCAUUGAUUAAUUGACUAAUUGUCGCAGCUCUAAUCAGCAGGCCUGUUUGUUGCUUUAUGCAGACUAUGUGGUUGUAAUGGACCUCUGGAGCCACCAGGGGCGCCAACAAACUGUCGUAGUGAUGAUCUGACUUUGUGUUACAUGUUUUGUAUUUUGGAGGGAAAAGGGAUAUUUCUAUUUUUAUUUUAUUCUGCUUUUUUUGUAAAAGAAAGGAAAUUCUGAUAUUUAAAAUAAACAUUUUAAGGUAAAUGUUG